GACCAUCCUCACCGAGACGUCCAAAUGACAGGCGAAGGGGCUCUGGCAGACAGACAAGACGAGGGAGGUGGGCUGGUGCAGCCCAGUGGGGAGGAGGAUCGGACGGGAGAGCAGGCAGAGGGUGGGGAGAAGGGAGGCAUGGUCCCCACACGAUCGCAAGAUGAAGACCACUCAGGGCAUCCGUAUUGCGAGAUGUGCCAUGUGAGGCUGCACUUGCCCAAGUGUAAGGGGUGUAAGAAGCCCAUCAGAGAGGCUGAGACGGCUGUCGAGGUCAAGCGGGGUAAAUGGCACUGGAGCUGUUUUGCCUGCGAGACGUGCAAGAAGCCUUUUGCAGACGGGACGUUCUUUGAAAGACAAGACGAGGCCUUCGGUGACGGGUGCUACCGGAUCCCUCUCAGUAACGAGAUCUAACCAUCUGGAAACUACAUGUCCGUUCAUCUGGCCUUCUUUUCUUUUCCUGUUCUUUCCACUCGAUUUUAGCAUUACAGCCGCCCGCAUGAGAUGGGUUAUUAGAUGUACCACGGAU